GGCGCGGCGGCUGCGUUAGCCCCGGCUCGGGUUCGCGGCGGCUCCCCGGGCGCGCGGCCCGCCCUGCGGCUCUGCGGGCAUGGAUCUGCCCCUGGCGGCCGGCGCGGCGGGGCCCAGCAACGUCCCGGCCUUCCUCACCAAGCUCUGGACGCUCGUGAGCGACCCCGACACGGACGCGCUCAUCUGCUGGAGCCCGAGCGGGAACAGCUUCCACGUGCUGGACCAGGGCCAGUUCGCCAAGGAGGUGCUCCCCAAGUACUUCAAACACAACAACAUGGCCAGCUUCGUGCGCCAGCUCAACAUGUACGGCUUCCGGAAGGUGGUGCACAUUGAGCAAGGCGGCCUAGUGAAGCCCGAGCGUGACGACACGGAGUUCCAGCACCCUUGCUUCCUGCGUGGCCAGGAGCAGCUGCUGGAGAAUAUCAAGAGGAAGGUGACCACUGUGUCUGCCCUAAAGAGUGAGGACAUCAAGCUGCGCCAGGACAGCGUCACGCGGCUGUUGACAGAUGUGCAGCUGAUGAAGGGGAAACAGGAGAGCAUGGACUCCAAGCUCCUAGCCAUGAAGCACGAGAACGAGGCCCUGUGGCGGGAGGUGGCCAGCCUGCGCCAGAAGCACGCCCAGCAGCAGAAAGUGGUCAACAAGCUCAUCCAGUUCCUCAUCUCGCUGGUGCAAUCCAACCGCAUCCUGGGGGUGAAGAGAAAGAUCCCCCUGAUGCUGAACGACAGCAGCCCGGCGCACUCCAUGCCCAAGUACAGCCGCCAGUUCUCCCUGGAGCACAUCCACAACCCAGGGGCCUACUCGGCAUCCUCCUCUGCCUAUGGCGGCUCCAGCCUCUAUUCCCCAGAUGUGCUGACCAGCUCCGGGCCCAUCAUUUCCGAUGUCACCGAGUUGGGCCCCAGCAGCCCUCUGGCCUCCCCCAGCAGGAGCCUAGGGCAGAGGCCCAUGAUGCGGGUCAAGGAGGAGCCCACCAGUCCCACGCGGAGCCCUCGGGUGGAGGAAGCCAGCCCCCAGCGGUCACCCUCUGUGGUGGAGACGCCCCUUUCCCCCACCACCUUCAUCGACUCCAUCCUGCGCGAAAGCGAGCCCACCCCCCUUCCAGAGGCCCCUUCGCCUGCCCCAGCCUCAACCCCCGCCCCGGAGAAGUGCCUCAGUGUUGCCUGCCUGGACAAGACGGAGCUCAGUGACCACCUGGACGCCAUGGACUCCAACCUGGAUAACCUGCAGACCAUGUUGACGAGCCACGGCUUCAGCGUGGACACCAGCGCCCUGCUGGACCUGUUCAGCCCCUCGGUGACAGUGCCCGACAUGACCUUGCCUGACCUCGACAGCAGCCUGGCCAGCGUGCGUAGGCGGGGGGGCGGGGAGGGCGGCCACGGUGCACUGGACCCUCACUGUGCACCUCCCUCACAGAUCCAGGACCUCCUGUCCCCCCAGGACCCUCCGCGGCCUCUAGAGGCUGACCGCGGGAGCCCCAACUCAGGGAAGCAGCUGGUGCACUACACCGCGCAGCCCCUGUUCCUGGUGGACCCCAGCUCUGUGGACGUGGGGAACAGUGAGCUACCGGUGCUCUUUGAGCUGGGGGAAGGCUCGUACUUCUCGGAGGGGGACGACUACACAGAUGACCCCACCAUCUCCCUGCUGAUGGGCUCGGACCCCCCGAAGGCUAAGGACCCCACUGUCUCCUAGAGGCCCGGAGUCGGGCUGGCAGUGCACGCCGAGCUCGGGGGUAGCUGGGGACCUGGCAUCACCUCAGCCAGCACAGCUGCCCGGAGCUCCCCAGCCAUGGCGAACUGAGCGGGCGCAGCAGUGCCAAGGAGCGGAUUCUGGAUUUUUACACAGCACUCCCUUCCCCUGUAGACGCACAGACACACAGACUGACAGGACAGCAGAUCUAUAAAGGACAGACUCAGCA